UUCGGUUUACGGUACAUCUCCUGCGCUUCUUUGCUUCUUCGAAAUGAUCAUUCCAGUCCGUUGUUUCUCGUGCGGAAAGGUCAUCGGAGACAAGUGGAACGCGUACCUGGAUUUGUUGUCGAAGGAUGUUAGUGAAGGUGAUGCGCUGGAUGAGCUUCAGUUAAAGCGAUAUUGCUGCCGGCGGAUGGUCCUGACCCACGUCGACUUGAUUGAAAAGCUCCUGCAUUAUAACCCUAUGGAGCGGUCGAAAGACAGGCAAAACUAUUGAUCUUUAUCUUCCGGGUUCUUGUGUACAUUAACCGACCACUUGUACGUUAAUUGACCAAAUGCGGCGGUAUUAGCAGGAGAUGUCCAUUAGAUGGUUUGCAAUUGCAUUUGGUGCGUCAGCGAUGACCUUGAGUUUUGUCUGCGU